AUGCACCUCUUUUGCCUUAAACAGGCUGAAGUUAUCCGAGCCGCAAACUUUGGCGGCAUGGCUCCCGUGACAAUAGACUGGUUCCAUCUGGUUCGGAGUUGCGAUGAAAUACUGCUCCCACGCUGUUCUUGGCCGCACUUUCUGAACCUUUUUCAGGCUAUCGGCCAGGAUAACGAGUUAAUGAAAUAUGCGACUUUUAGCAAUUUUGAUGCUGAAUCGUGGAUGGUACCAAUGACACGACACGCAUGUUACCCCAUGAGAUCCCAGGACCAGAUGAGUGCCAACUACAUCUACGCGGUCUGCAUUGUCUACUGGAAUGAGACAGGAUUUGAACGGGACUCUGACUGUGCUUUCCAUCAUCCCCUAGCCAAGAAUUGUCCCAAGAAGCCCAUGAUUUGGCCGACAAUAUGA